GUGGAGGUGGCUUCGCGGCGCACGGAUGCCGUAAAAGAGGCACCACUCCGGCCUCAGAAGUGGUGGAAGGUCAGCCUUCUCGUGGCGAACCGUGCGGCCAGGUGUGUCCUGGUGUCUGCGGUGCCCCUUGUUGGCUGCUUCCUCGCGCUGCCAAAGAUGCAGCUGCUGUCAAGGAGUGCACCGCUGUGUCUGAAAACGGCUUGGAGGCCAGGGGAGGAGUGGUGGCGCCCAUGUGGACGAGGACCUGAUCCCCAUGCCACGUCUGGUGAGACCGCCGCCUUUUUCCUGGCUGCCUGGGUGUCGGUGCAGUUUCUGUGGAACUUUGUGGCCUCCUGCUUCUGUGCUCCAGGCUCCCCGCAGCCGCCCUGGCCGGAGGCUGGCCGCUACCCCGUCGCUUGGGACGGGCCGCAGCUGUACUAUUUGCCCCGCUGGUGCGAUAGCUGCCAGCAGUG